CAAUUUAAUUAAAACUGUUUCGGAUAUAUACAGAAUCACUAUCGAUAGUCAUUCCCAAAACCAUACAAAAUUUCAGUUGCCGCGUAAAUACAGCUCUGAUUUUGGCACCAGCUGCCAUCGCUAUUAGCUAUUCCCACUGCCGGCUCACGCCGCCUUUUUUGCAUUUUAUGUUAAUUGUAUUUGUUCGAAUCUAAAGAGCAUAAGAACAUGGAGCUAGGUGACCUUUUGCGGCAGGCCCAGCGCCUCACAAAUGACACCAAAAUGGACGACGAAAUGCCGCGCGUCGAUCGCACCAUUUCACAAGUAUUGCAGGCCACACAGGAACUUCACUCCCGUGUGACCCUCAAAGGAACACGCGAUCUGCAAGCGCACAUGCUGCUCGGCUCCAAGGGCGUGGAUCUGCCAAAGCUGACGCAAAAGCUCGAGUCGCUGAGCGCGCGCAAGACAUUCGAGCCUCUGGACCCCGUCUCGGACACCGAUGUGCGUGCCUUUCUGAAGAACGAGCGCGAGAACGCCAUACUGUCGGUGAUCGAUGAGACCAAUCGUGGGAUUUUCGAGUCGGUGGAACGGCAAAAGUGGCGCCGCAUCUACGCCGAGUGGGGCGUGGAGAAAAGAUCUCUGCUGAAUGCCCUGGUUGGGCCCAAACAAGAUGAAUUUCCCGAUGUUCAGCGUCAGACUGUGUCCACAAUUCUGGCCGAAAAUCCAACGCCACGUUCCCUGCUCAAUCGCACCGAGGAGCUGUAUGCCCAGCAGAUAAUUGCGUACAAUCAGUCAAAAAUCCAGCGGGGGCAUCGCACCAACCUGCUGGCAGCGUUCACCCAGCUGGCGUCGGAUAACUUCCAUGAUCUGCUUAUCGCUGAAAUGUGGAGCGUGCUGCAGUUCAUGGUCGACAAUGUGACGACCUCACGCACCAUAGAUCCCUUGACGUCGCGCCUGUCCAGCCAGCAGUUUGUCCAGCAGGCACGCGCCUAUCUGGAGCGACGCUACAGGCAGUACAUGAACACCGUCAUCAAUGAGAAUCGUGUGCUGGCGAAGCGCGGCGGCAUACCCAGCGCCUAUAGCAUGGUCAACGCAUUUGUGGGCAUCACUUUCGUGGUGCCGUCCAGUCUGGUCGGCCUGCUGGAUGUCAACAACAACCGUCCGCUGUGGGCGCUCGUCUAUUACAGUCUGCGUUGCGGCGAUCUGGGUGCGGCCUGUAAAUUUCUGCAUGAAGUUGGCGUCUGCCAGGAUCUGUACCGUCUGCUGGCCAUGAUGAAGGAGGGCAUCAAGGGUGAUCCGUAUGCCCGGCUCGAGGGUGUCCUCAAGCUGGAGUACAACAGUAAAUUGCGCUGCUGCACCGAUCCCUACAAGAAGGCGGUGUAUGCCUAUGUGCUGGCAUGCGAUCCACAGAAUUCGCAUCCGGAACUGAUGCGCAGCAUCGAUGACUUCCUGUGGAUGCAGCUCUCCAUUUUGCGGCAGGACGACGAUCGCGAGUACAACAUCGAACAGCUCACCUACAGCGGCCUGCAGCGGCUCAUUCUGGAGAAGUACGGCGAGAAUUACUUCAAUGCACGCGAAAAGGUGCCGCUCUACUUCACCGUGCUCGUCCUGACGGGCCAAUUUGAGUCGGCCAUCGAGUUUCUGGCCCGCACCGAAGCAAAUCGUCCGCAUGCCGUGCACAUGGCCAUUGCCCUGAACGAGAUACACAUGCUGGGCACACCCAGCUCCAUACAUCAGCCGCUGCUGAGUGCUAAUCCCAAGGAUCCGGCGCCCAUGAAGCGCCUCAAUUUGGUGCGCAUGCUGGUGACCUAUGCCAAGUGCUUUGAGCUGACCAACACCACGGAGGCGAUGCAGUAUUACUUUCUGUUGCGCCACUUCAAGGACGACAAUGGCACCAGCCUGAUGCUCAGCUGUGUCAGCGAUUUGCUUGUCGAGAACUGUGACCAGGAAAUGAUUGAGCUGAUCUUUGGCCACGAAGCAGACGAGUCCAACCAGAGCGGCAUCUUUGCCCAGUUUCAUACGAUGGACUUCGACAAGUAUAUGCUGGCUGGCAUGGUGGGCGAUGAGCUGGCCCAUCGCAGCAACUUCGAGACAGCCAUCAAGCUGUACUUCAUUGGCGGCCAGCUGGACAAGGUGAUGCGUUUGGUGUGCUCGCUGCUGUCGCAGGUGGUGCAUCAGCCGCCCGCUGAGUCGAGCAUGCGGAAUCGCUUGUGCCAGAUUAUCGAUCAGCUGGACGAGAUGCGUUCGGUGAUGCGUGUGGAUGUGGAGCCGCAUGUCCUGGCCACAUACUCAAUGCUGACGCAGCUGCUCAUCUUCUUCGAUCAUUACCACAACAAGGACUCGCAGCUGGCCACCGAGCUGCUGGCCAAUUAUCGCAUUACGCCCAACAACUGCUCGGAGGUGGACGAGUGUGUGGCCAAUCUGAAGCGGCUCGGCCCGGAGGUGGCCAAAGUGCUGCCCGACAUACUGCUGGCCGCCAUGGAUCUCGUCUACGAGGAGUAUGUGAAGCUCAAGGGUGGCAGUGGCAGCCGAUCCUCCUUUGGCAGCCGCGACAGCACCCAAACGGAUGACUGGAAGGGUGUCAACAGGGAGGGCUCCCUCCGCCAUUUGCGUACCAAGGCCAAGGCGCUCACAAAUAUGGCGGCCACGGUGCCCUAUCGCAUGCCCACGGCCACCAAUAAGCGUCUCGUUCAGCUGGAGAUUCUCAUGCAUUAACAGGAUACAGAAGCAAAGUAAAGAAUGAACCUUUCGUCGUAUAAAUGCAUUUGUUUUUGUCUUCUCAUAUUGUUUAAGAUAAUAUUUUGAAAUUGGAA